AUGCGGUCCUUGCCUCUAAUCACCCUCCUCGCCGCAGCUUUUGCCCAGCAAUACUCAGCUCCAGGGGGCCAAGACAGCCAGGGGCAGUACGUCGGAUAUUCGCAGACGAAAACCGCCACCUACACGAAUGGACAGCCAUCCGCAUCUUCGAACACCUAUCAGUAUAAUGCCGCCUCUGGCGCAAACACGAACGCCGGGAUGUCACCUCAAUACGACCAAAGCUCACAAUACAACCAGCAAACCUCUCAGCAACAGUACGGCAGCCAACAACAGAACGGAAACAUGCAAAACCAACAAUACGGCAACUCCCAGAAUCAGCAGUACGGCGCCACGCAAAAUCAGCAGUAUGACAGCUCCCAAAAUCAAUACGGAACUAACAAUCAAAACCAGCAGUACGACGCGCAGCAAAGCACGCAGAACCCCCAGUACGAUCCGUACGGAAACAAUCAAAACUCACAGUACGGCACGCAGCAGCCGAUGUAUGAUGCGUACGGCAAUCAGCAGUCGUCGGGACAGGGAUCGCAGUACGAUCAAAGCGGAUAUGGAGCCUCAUCCACAAUGUCUCCAUAUGGCUCAACACAGGGUUAUGGCGGACAGCAAUAUAACUCGCAAAACGGCCAAAAUUAUCAGCAAAGCAGCACCUCUGGGUAUGGCCAAUACGAUCAAUACGGAGCAUCCACCACGAGCAGCUAUCGGCAGAUGAAUGGUGCUGGAAUUUACCAGACCCAACAGAACCAGAAUCAGAAUCAAUACGGGAAUCAGCCACAAUACGACGCAAGCAACAAUGGCCAGUCAUCAUCACCGAACAUGUAUCGAUCAACGUCCGUCAAUUCUGGCUCGUCAUCCGCUUCGAUCCAACAAUACACCUUCAACAAUGGGCGUUGCCGUUAUGAGAACGGACAGGUCAUCGAAGACGGCCAGUCAAGGCAGCUAACCGCCAGUGAGCAGCAGCAGUUGACACAAUUCCAGCAGCAACUCAACGGCUACUCGAAAUCGAUGAGCUCGCAGAUGGGCGGUUGGCUGCAAACGCUGUUGAACUGGGACCCAAAUACCGGUGCCUUCCCGCAGCUUUCACAGUUCCCGACUGUACCACAGCCACCCUGCUUCUGCUCGACAACGGCAUGUGGCAGUUCUACUAGCACCCAGAACGGACAGAAUCAACUGAACGACGGGACAAGCCAAUACAACCAAGGCCAACAGCAGUAUAACAAUCAAAACCAAUACGGCUCGACUGGGCAAAAUACGCAAUAUUCAGCGGGAAACAACCAGCAGCAAUACCAAUCCGGCAGCCAGACUGGCAAUAAUCAACAAUACGGCAACCAACAACAAUACUCACAGCAGGGU